UGGUGCGCACUAAGCUACGUCUGGGGCGGCGACCAGCCCGUCAAGACGACCAAGGAAACGCUAGCAGCCCACUACGACGGGAUUCCCUUUGACGCGCUUCCCAAAACCAUCCAGGACGCCGUGCGCGUGUGUCGCGGCCUGGCCAUUCCCUACCUGUGGAUCGACGCCCUCUGCAUCAUCCAGGGUGAUGAGCAGGACCUCCGGAGGGAGCUCGGCAAGAUGCCCGAGAUCUACCAGCAUGCUACCGUCACGAUCAGUGCAGCGUGGUCGACAAAGGCUGAUGACGGGUUCCUUUACCGUCGCGGAUACUGGUAUCAGUUUUGCCCGCCGAUCAAGCUGCAGGAGAAGGAGAAGCGCGCGAAGACGACGAUGGAGGGAUACGCCUACGAGAAACGGGUCUGGGAAAGCGACCCCAUCAAUUCGAGAGCGUGGACGUACCAGGAGUACGCCCUCUCCCAGCGGGUGUUGCUCUACCGCAGCACCUUGCUCGAGUGGAGCUGCAGGACGGUUUCCGACUCUUACGGUUUGCUUGAGCCGAGUACUUUGGCAGGCAAAGCCGAUCAUCAUUAUCAGCCAGAUCUGCAGCUCGAUCCCGAUCCCGAACCUUUCUUUGCGCUCUCGUCGUCCCAUCAGUCAUGGUCCGACAUCGUAAUGGAAUACUCCUCCCGUCAUCUCUCCUUUGCCUCCGACAAGCUGCGCGCCCUGUCCGCCAUCGCCCAGGUAUAUCAUCGAGAAACGGGCAAGGAAUAUCUAGCCGGAUUGUGGAGGGAGGACCUCCCCCUGGCGCUUUGUUGGUUUGCGAUGCCGCAGACGAGUUAUAAUAGUACUACGAAUGCAAGUGAGAAUGAUAACCUCGACAGCGAACCUUCCCCCGAAAAAAUCCUCCAAAAACGGCCAACAGGUAAUCGAGGCCCCUCCUGGUCUUGGGCGUCCAUCGAC